UCGGUCGGUGUGGAAGCACUGCACUCUCUUCCGACGAGUGACUAUCCUGCCUGUACUUACCAUAAUAUAUUACUCAGAAGAGUUGACGGGAAAGCGAAACCAGACGAGAAAACCAGCGGGGGACUCUUAUAAAAUCCCGGCUUUGAGCGCUGCGACCGACAGAAGGCUGUAAUCUGAAGCAAGAGGAGCGAGGAUCUCACCGCGGACUGGAUGACAAGCUCCACGGUAUUAUAGGUGCACCGGAGUCUGCCGACGACAUGGAAGAGAAAUAGUUGUUUGGAUUCAGCCGAGGUCAUGGAUGCAAGCUGGAAAAACUGCUUCGAAGAGGAACUUCUGUGUCCCAUUUGCCUGAAUGUUUUCGACGAGCCCAUCCAGCUGCCGUGCAAGCACAACUUCUGCAAGGGUUGCAUCUCUGAGGCUUGGGCCAAAGACACCGCCGCGGUCCGCUGUCCAGAGUGCAACCAUGACUACGACCAGAAGCCCACACUGGAGAAGAACUUCAAGCUCGCCAACAUAGUGAAGCGCUUCAAUGCUUUGAACACUGAGAAAGCCCCCCCUGUGCUGCACUGUGUCCUCUGCAGACGAGGCCCCCCGCUGCCCGUGCGGAAAGUCUGUCUGCGUUGUAAGGAGCCCUGCUGCCAAACUCAUAUCCAGACGCACCUACAGCAGCCGUGUGCGGCGCCGGGACACCUGUUAGUCGAUGCUGAGGAGCUGAGCGCUUGGACCUGUCCCAGUCACGAGGAAUACAGGCUGCUCCACUGUGAGGAAGAGCAGGUGGCUCUGUGUCCGUUCUGCUGCAUCUCUCACUGCACUAACCAAAGACACACAGUCUGCGAUGUUGAUACGCAACGCAUACAAAUGCAGGCCAUGCUAAUGAGGCAGCAAGACAGACUGGAAGGUCGUGUUCAGAACAUCGAUGAGCACCUCAACAAGCUGGAGUCAGACAAGACACUGAUGAAGGAUGCAGUGUCUGAACUGAAGGAGCGUGCAAGAGCCCAGUAUCAGCGGAUGCAUGCGCUGCUAGAAGCAAACCAGGCUGAAACCAUGCAGAUGCUGGAGAGCACCUACAACUCGUACGUGAGGAAGAACUCCCAGCAGGUGCUGCAGCUCAACGAGAGGCGCCACGAAGCAGAAAAACUCCUGAGCUCAGUGCAAACAUUCUUCCAAAAGGCGGGCAGUUUGAAUUUCAUGAAGAAUACAAAACCUUAUCAGCUCCUCAUGGACAGGUCAAACUCACAUCUGAAUAGCAUUAUCCCUUCAGUCAGAGUGGGCCAGCUCAACUCUCAUCAUUUGCUGUCCGACCUGUCAACAAAAGAGAAGAACUUGCGAAAAAUGCUGGAGGAACCGUUCAAUGAGUCGCCUCUUCUGGAGAUUGUGCAGUCUCACAGCAGCUCUGCUAGCUCCCAGUUGGGGACUAGUUCAGGAAUACAGAAGAGGAAAUACAGCAUGGCGUUCCUGGAGGCUAACCCAGAAAGCUCCCAGAAUCCUCCACCUUUGCUCUACAGCAGCAAAAAACCCUUCCUGGCCAACCAAGGUCACCGGGCAUCAUCUGUAUAUGCCUCUGAAGUCCUCUCACAGAAUCCUCACACUGGCCCUGGUCAUAGUCGGCUCCUAGAUACUUCAGCCCAUCACAUGGUGGGUCUAGGGUCCAGCUCUAGCCACCACUCAGGAACCAUAUUCCCAUCCUCCCACUUCUCAAGUGUUGGUGCCUCACAACAAGCCGUGUAUGAAGGGAGGAAAGUACUGAUGUGUACUUGCUGCUCCAGGGCCCCCGCUGCUUGCGCCCGGCCUCCGUACCCAGCAUCGGACACCUUCCCCUCUGUGACCUCUCAGGAGUUUGCCCCACAUGCCCCUCUACCCUCAAGUCAGCCACUGCAGCAUUUUCCCAUGAGGGGACUGAUGGAAACAUCGCAGACAGCCAGACAUGCCGAAUUCUAUGGGCUGUACGGCCAGUCUUCAACCAAGCAUUAUGGGACCAAAUAAUAAACCCGAAUCAGCAUCCGUUCUGUUUUAUUAGAUCACGUUUGGCAUCAAGAAGUUCCAUGUUUGCUUUUUUUUUCUCCUUUCCAUUUUGAUUCAGAGACGCGACCCCAGAUUAUAUCUCCACACACCUUCAUGACAAUCACUCUUGACAUCUAUUUGAAACCAUUUGGGGAGAACGUGCCCUGUUAACUUGUGUAGCUCUGUUUACUCCCCGAAUCACAGUGACAGUACUAAUGAUCUAAUUUGAAAGCAUUAUUUAUUGUCUGUUUCAGUUCGACUGGAAGUGCUAAUGUGAAUAAUGUAGUCUUAAAUCCAUUCAAACUUAAGAAAUGACAUAUUCUUCAGGGGUCCUGGCAUGGGACUCCAGAGACUCCAGUGCCUAAAGAGACUGUUAACAAACUUGUAUUGUACUUGCAAUUUCCUAACUCUUGAUUAAUUCCUGUUUGCAGCUGAAAGCAUGCAGGGAGCCUCUCCAUGCACUCCAAAGUCCAUGUGGCUUUAGAAAAAAAAACAAAAAAAAACACUGGACUGCAAAUGUUUUGUUUUUUUCCAGAUUCAGGUUUUUCAUUAGUUUUUUUUUAUAGAAGAUUAUGAAUAAACCAAAAUCUUUUGAAUAAAUAAAAAA